AUGACACUCUCAUUGACUCAGAAGGUGUUUGCUGCGAAAACUAAGGUUUGAACUAUGCUUCACUGUGCGAGAAUUGUGUUAUCAGGGCACAACAGCGUUUCAGGUUUUGCCUUCAGACAUUGUCAUUCCUCCACCAACACAACAUCUUCACUCGGCUUCCACAUGGAACAACCUUCUCCUUUAUCUUCUUUAAAGCUAAAGCAGUGUCACCAAACCCAACUCGCUUGUCAAGCAUCAAAGGAUGCAGUUUCUCCAAGUUUGGCGAAUGAUGAAUUACCUGUCCAUAGACCAUCUGAUAUGAUUGUUGGGGUUCUAGGGGGAGGUCAACUGGGUCGCAUGCUAUGUCAAGCUGCUUCUGUGAUGGCAAUUAAAGUCAUGGUUUUGGAUCCACAGGAGAAUUGCCCCGCAAGUUCCCUGUCUUAUCAUCAUAUGGUUGGAAGCUUUGAUGACAGCACUACGGUUGAAGAAUUUGCCAAGAGAUGUGGAGUAUUAACUGUUGAAAUCGAACAUGUUGAUGUUGCUACCUUGGAAAAACUUGAGAAGCAAGGAGUUGAUUGCCAACCCAAAGCGUCUACUAUUCGAAUUAUUCAGGAUAAGUAUCAGCAAAAAGUUCACUUCUCUCAGCAUGGCAUUCCACUUCCUGAAUUUAUGCUGAUAGAUGAUCUUGAAGGUGCUAAGAAAGCAGGGGAACUCUUUGGCUAUCCUCUUAUGAUCAAGAGUAGGAGAUUAGCUUAUGAUGGGAGGGGAAAUGCUGUCGCUAAAAGUGAAGAGGAACUUCCUUCUGCUGUCGAUGCUCUUGGUGGAUUUGAUCGUGGGUUAUAUGUUGAAAAAUGGGCACCUUUUGUCAAGGAACUAGCUGUCAUUGUGGUGAGAGGUAGAGACAAUUCGAUUAAAUGCUACCCUGUUGUUGAAACUGUUCACAGGGACAAUAUAUGCCACAUAGUUAAGGCUCCAGCUAAUGUGAAAUGGAAGAUUAGGGAGCGGGCUGCUGAAGUUGCUUUCAAUGCUGUUAACUCUCUAGAAGGUGCCGGUGUGUUUGCGGUUGAAUUGUUCUUGACUAGUGAUGGACAGAUUUUAUUAAAUGAAGUAGCACCUAGACCUCACAAUAGUGGGCAUCACACAAUCGAAUCUUGCUAUACAUCACAAUUUGAGCAACAUUUGCGGGCUGUUGUUGGUCUUCCUCUUGGAGAUCCAUCAAUGAAAACUCCUGCUGUCAUGUACAAUAUAUUAGGCGAAGAAGAGGGGGAGCUUGGUUUCCGUUUAGCUCAUCUAUUGAUCAAAAGGGCAUUGACCAUCCCUGGGGCUACCGUUCAUUGGUAUGAUAAGCCAGAAAUGAGAAAACAACGAAAAAUGGGCCAUAUCACCAUUGUUGGGCCUUCCCUAGGCAAUAUUGAAAGCAAUCUUGCAAUGAUGGUAGAAGGGAAAAGAGUAGAUGACAAGACUGCAGUUGCUCCACGUGUGGGGAUCAUAAUGGGUUCUGAUUCAGAUCUACCUGUGAUGAAAAGUGCUGCAGAAAUCUUGGAGAAGUUUGGUGUGCCUCAUGAGGUAAAAAUAGUUUCAGCACACCGGACUCCGGAAAUGAUGUUUUCUUAUGCCUUGUCUGCUCAUGACCGAGGCAUACAGGUUAUUAUUGCUGGUGCUGGUGGUGCAGCUCACUUGCCUGGUAUGGUUGCCGCUUGUACUCCCUUGCCUGUUAUUGGUGUUCCUGUGCGUGCUUCUUCCCUGGAUGGACUUGAUUCUCUCUUAUCGAUUGUCCAGAUGCCAAAAGGUGUCCCAGUUGCCACAAUUGCAAUUGAUAAUGCAACCAAUGCUGGAUUGUUGGCAGUGAGGAUGUUGGGUGUUGCCAAUAAUGAUAUUCUGUCAAGGAUGAGUCAAUACCAAGAGGACCAAAAAGAAAACGUCUUGAUGAAAGGAGAUAAAUUAGAAAAACAUGGUUGGAAAUCCUACUUGAAUAUUACUUAGUUGAACUCGUUAAUUUGGUGAUUCUUUUAUAGGUCUAUUCUCAUUUUUGGACAACUACAAAAUUUAACAAGAUUUCAUACGGUGGGUGUUUAGACCUGUGGGGUCAGUAAGUAGAUUGAGAAUCAUUGGAAUAACUGUAAGAAAAACGUUUUGUAGUUUUGUUAACCUAAUCGAGAUAUGUUUUCUAUUGCUAACAUUAGCAUGGGAGGAGAAAAAUGUAAUCUGGCAGAAAAGCCUUGCAUAACAUUUUAUACUGAUUAUGCGCCAAAAGUUA